CCCUCAUGCCCUUGUGGUGUUAAUGGGUGUGUCCAGCAGGAUGCUGAGUCUCUAUAACCUUGCAGUGAGAGGUCUCCAGAUGCAGUCCUGAGAUCUCUCACUGGAGAAUAAAGCAGCAGCAGUAUACAGGAUUUUAUAUGGCUACCUUGUCCUCAUACUUUGUGGAGGAAACCAAUUAUAUGAGAGACAGAGAGGACGAGGAGGACGAGGAGGACGAGGACGAGGUGGAGGAUGAGGAGGAGGAAGAUAGGAACGAAGAGGAAAAAGAAGAGGAAAAAGAUGAAUCGGCUGUCCAGAAGCAGCAAAGACCAGCCUGGGCUCCGUCUUUCUUCUACAGACUGGAUAAACAGGUGUACAAUUACGUCGGACAGGAGAUCAUCAUAGAAGAGGCCCUUGACUCCUUUGCGGGCAUGAUAUGGCCAGCAGCACUGGCUCUCUGUCACUACCUGGACACUCAUCGAGACCACCUGAGUCUUGUGGACAAGGCAGUCCUGGAGAUCGGGGCAGGAACUGGCCUUGUGUCUGUCGUAGCAGCACUCCUUGGUGCGUGGGUGACAGCAACAGACCUUCCAGUGGUCCUGAGCAACCUGAGAGUCAACCUGUCCAGGAACACCAGAGGACGGUGCAGGCACACACCACAGGUAGCAGCGCUGUCCUGGGGCUACGACCUGGAGCGCAGCUACCCUACAUCCGUGUAUCACUACGACUACGUGCUGGCAGCCGAUGUGGUCUAUCAUCACGACUUCCUGGACGAGCUCCUGGUCACCAUGAAGCAUUUCUGCACACCGGGAACAACUCUGAUCUGGGCCAACAAGGUCCGGUUUGAGACUGAUCUGACUUUCACUGAGAACUUUAAGAAGGCUUUCCACACAAGCGUGCUGGCUGAAGAUGGAGAGAUGAAGAUCUUCAUGGCAACGUGUAGAGAAGAGGAGGGUGAUGGUGACAUGGGAGUGGAAAUCCAAGAUCUGCUUAGUGACGAGGAGGAAGAAAAGAGGCAGGAUGAUGAGGAUGAGAAGGGUCAGAGCCUGAAGGAGAGGAUGACAAGGAAGACAAAAACAGUUCUGAUGUAA